GGAGACUCCCGGAGGGAUAAAUGCACAAGGAAAUCCAGUUAUGGUAUAUGUGGUCAGUCCCAUCAAGCCAUCAGAACUCAGGGAAUUGAAACAGACACUGCCCAAAUUGCAUGAGAACAGUCAGGAGGUCGCGAACCUCCUCCAAAUGUGGAUGGGACCUCAUAUAUACACAUACACCGAAUUGAUGUAUAUAUUGGGGCAUUUGUUUACCCCAGAAGAAAAAGCAAUGAUUAGGAGGGCAGCAAUGCAGUACUGGGAAGUUAAGGAGGAUCAACGGGUCGCCGCGCCAGUACCGGGUCAAGGUGUACAACAGGUGGUUCCAUCGGAGACCAAAUUUCCCCUAGGGGACCCGAAUUGGGACAUAAACGAUGCAAAUCAUCGGACUCAUUUGAUAGAUCUGAAGGAGAUGAUUUUGGAAGGAAUUAGACGGGCUGUACCCCAAAGCACCAAUCUCACCAAAGCUUUUGAGGUCAAUCAAAUGAAAGAGGAGUCACCGGGUGACUUCAUACAAAGGAUUAGAGACCAUUUGACUAAGUAUUCAGGGGUGGCCCCAGAUUCACCGGCGUUUGACAAUCUGCUAAAGAUGCAAUUCGUAACCAAGGCAUGGCCCGAUAUUCAAAAGAAAUUGCAGAAAAUGAACUGGCAAGACGCCGCCAUCAUAGAUCUAGUAAGGACAGCGCAGCAGGUUUACGUCAACAGGGAGGCAGUAAAAAGUAAGCAGAAGUGCCAGAUGAUGGCGGCUACUUUGCAGAAAACUUGGGAAGUUCAGAAACAACAGGAAACCGAGGCUGCGAGAGGACGUGGGGGAGCCCCAUAUCGGGGAAGAGGGCGAGGGAGAGGGGGUUACACACCAGGUUCCAGUGUCAUUUGUUAUCGAUGUAACAAACCUGGUCAUUUUGCCCGAGAAUGUCGGACCCCACGAGAUCAGAUACUGGAAAGAAAUGAGCAAAGACAGGGAAGUCAGAGGCCAAGACAGACAGAAAGAGAGGGAGGAACUGACACCACUGAGUUGUUCAGUUUAUAUGAUGAAUAG